UGAAGCAACCGACUCGUCCCGAGUCCUACUCGUCUUGAAUGAUUUCACCUUGCAAUGAAUGAAUAUUGUUUUAGACACCCCGUGUACAAAUUGUUCACAUAAGUAACUCGUCGUCGGGACUAAUAAACGGUGUUUACAGUGUUCUAUUGGUGUAUCCGUGGUGACAGUGGUAUUUACAAUAAUUUCUCCCUAUUGUGUGACCGUUGUGUUUACGUGCUGAAAACAUUAUCUAUUGUGGAAAAUUGAGCUAACCGGCUUUAAAAUUUCCUGUUUAAUGGGAUCUUGUUGACGCACAGGUGUAGAAGGUCGGCAAGAUGCCGGAGGGCGUGCCCAAGGAGGCCAAGGAUGAGGCCAAAACCAAGCCCAAGGAAGAGAAGCGGCCGCACCACGGCAACCUGACCAAAGUGAAGGUGGAACUACUCGAUGGGUCCAGUUUGAACUUGGACGUGGACAAAAAGAUCCGCGGCCACGAACUCCUGAACUCCGUCUGCGACAAAUUGAACCUAGUUGAGAAGGACUACUUCGGGCUGCUGUACGAGGACCGUGGGGAUCCACGCGUCUGGAUCGACCUCGACAAGCGGGUGUCGAAACUGCUGAAACGAGAACCAUGGGAAGUGAGGUUCGCGGUGAAAUUUUACCCCCCGGAACCAGGCCAGUUGCAGGAGGAACUGACGCGGUAUCAACUCGUGUUGGCGGUCAGGAGGGACCUCCUAGAAGGUCGUCUGCCAUGCUCGACGGUGACGCACGCGUUGCUGGCCAGCUACCUGCUGCAGUCCGAGCUCGGCGACUACGAGGAGUCUGAGGCAGCGGCGGGGCACUGCAAGCAACUGAAGCUGGUCCCACCAUCGGCCUGCACGCCGGAACUAGAGGAGAAGGUUGCGGAGUUGCACAAGACACACAGAGGCCAAACCCCAGCGGAAGCUGAGCUGAACUACCUGGAGAAUGCUAAGAAACUGGCCAUGUAUGGAGUGGACCUCCAUCCCGCCAAGGACUCUGAGAAUGUGGACAUCACGCUUGGCGUGUGCUCGUCUGGUCUACUCGUGCACAGAGAGAAGCUGCGCAUCAACCGCUUCGCGUGGCCCAAGAUCCUGAAGAUCAGUUACAAACGCCACAACUUCUACGUGAAGCUGCGCCCUGGCGAGUUUGAACAGUUCGAGUCCACGGUCGGCUUCAAGCUGGCCAACCACCGCGCCGCUAAGAAACUGUGGAAAACCUGCGUAGAACAUCAUACCUUCUUCAGGCUGACGUCCCCGGAGCCGUCCCGCGGCGCGGUGUUCCCCCGGCUGGGGUCCCGGUUCCGUUACAGCGGCCGCACCCACUACGAGUCCCGCGCGGCGCCCCCGCAGCGUCCCCCGCCGCACUUCUCCCGUACGCUGUCUCACCGCAAGAUCUCCUCGCGCAGCGUCGACGGCCUCGCAGCCGCCGACAAGGAUGACCUGAUGCCGCCCGAAGCCGCCAAGCGGCACACCAUGCCUCCACAGCCGGCGCCGCGACCUGCUGGUAUCAAGGACAAGAAGCCGCCCCCUGGUGCUGUGAAAGUGAUCCCAACUGAUAAGAAGCCGGAGAAGAUCGUUGAACAGCGAAAACCGGCAGAAAACGGUACUGACACGUCGAGUGACCCUGGCGUCACCAAUAAUGUAGAGACCACACCUAAAAAGUCCAAGGGAGGUUUUGGACUGUUCAGUGGCAAGAAAGACAAGUCGCCUAAAGAAGAAAAGUCCUCUAAAAUUAAGUCACCGAAAGAUAAAGACAAGAAACUUAAGGAUCCCAAAGCAAAGGCUGUGCUCGAGACAUCAGCGGAUAGUUCUAAUCUCGACACUUCACCUGACACGAGUCCCAUUAAGUCUGAGCAGGAGAAACCUGGUUUUACGAAACCUUACGAAUAUACAGAUACCGAGAAAAGUCCAACUCGCAGUAAACCAUUCAUUCAAGGAGCAUUUAGUUACGAAAAGGAACCUAUUACAGAAGAGAAACAGAGAGAACUUGAUGGCCGAAGUCCUACUACAAGGAAAUCUGGUCUUGCCUUUAAUUACGCUCCAGGAGAAGAAAAGAAGUUAGCUGAAAGUGCUGAGAAACGAAAGACGCCUGAUGAUUUAAGUGCUUUAAAAACUCCUGGUAUUGAUUACGUGCAAUCUGCAGCUUUGAAAGAACAAGCGAAAACUCCUAAGAAUCUUGUAGAUCCAACUCUUGCGCUAUUAGAUUCGGAACGGGCCCAUCAUGAGGCUCCAUUAGCUGCCGUAGCCGCAGCACCUGUUGCUGCUAAACCUGACAAUGAAGUACAAGUUGUUAUAAUAACUGGAAGAUACAACCCGAAAAAUAAAAAAUUAGAUGAUGCCAACGGUACUAUUCUUGUUACAAAAGGGACAUUAAAUAAAGCUAGCGGCAAAAUUCAAACGGAAAAAGAAGUAAUAAAUCCUAAAUCUGGUCAAGUCGGGUAUACUGACCCCGUAACAGGUAAACAUGAAAUUAAAAAUGGCCAUGUGGAUUCUAAAUCUGGUCAUAUACUUUUCACAUCUGGUGUAAUAGACCCUAAAACCGGAAAAUUGGAUCCUACGCUAGCCCAACAAUAUUGUUUUGUUGAGAGAGCUACCGAUAAGGUAGGAGCUAAGCCCGGCAGGGAGGUUGACUUGGUAGUAAUUACAGGAAAAUAUGAUGGUAAACACAAGAAAUUAGAUGCAGCACACGGACACGUGGAUGUUUCUAGGGCGAUAGUUGGACCUGAUGGUAUUGUCACUUCCAAUUACGGCACCAUCGACCCCAGAACUGGAAAGAUUGAUUAUAUUGAUCCAAAGACUGGUAAACAGGACCCUAAGCAAGCUUAUGUAGACAAUAAGACUGGUAAUCUUCUCGUUACUACUGGUGUUCUUGAUCCGAAAUCUGGAAAAGUUGAUUCUUCACUGGGCCAACAAUUUAGUGUAAUUGAGAAGGAUGCUACUAAGGCGAAUAGAGAAGUCCGACUGGUUGUUGUUACUAGCAAGUAUGAUUUAAAGAAUAAGAAACUAGACCCCUCUUUUGCCCAUGUAGAUGCAGUCAAAGGAGUACUUAGUGGAUCUGAUGGUAAAAUUUACACGGAAUAUGGUGUCAUUGACCCGAGAACCGGUGAAAUACUGGUCACUGAUCCCAAGACUGGAAAACAAGAAAUCAAACAAGCUCAAGUAGAUACUAAAACUGGCAACAUUUUACUCUUAUCUGGUGUAAUUGAUCCAAGGACUGAUCAAUUGGACGUAUCUAUGGGUCAACAGUACAGUAUUGUAGAUAAACCUAUAGAUACUUUUGCAUCUUUACCAGGAAAGGAAGUUCAGUUGGUUGCUAUUACAGCCAAAUAUGAUUCUAAGAAUAAAAAAAUAGAAAAUGCUAACGGGUUCGUAGAGACAUCGCGUGCUAUAAUAAGUGAUAAAGAUGGUACGGUACACACCAAUUUUGGAAUUUUAGACCCUAAUUCUGGUAAAAUCCUCUUCACCGAUCCCAAAUCUGGUAAGCGAGAUUCAAAGCAAGCUACAAUCGAUGCCAAGACUGGAAGCUUUCUACUAACUUCUGGUGUUAUUGAUCCUAAAACUGGCAAGUCCGAAUCUUCUCUUGCUCAGUUGUUGACUGUAGUAGACAAAGAUGCUCCCAAGGGUAUCCCAGAGAGAUAUGUAAAUCUGGUCAUUGUUACUUCCAAAUAUGAUCCUAAGAGUAAGAAAUUAGACCUCGCAAACGCUCAUGUUGAUUCUAUUCCUGGAAAAAUUGAUAGUGAUGACAAAGUCCACGCAGAUUUUGGUGUCAUUAAUCCUAGUACUGGUGAAAUAACUAUCACAAAUCCAUUGACUGGUAAACAAGAACUAAAGAAAGCCGCUGUCGAUUCGAAGACAGGCAACUUAUUGUUAACGUCUGGUGUGGUUGACCCUCAUACUGGACAAGUUGAUUCAAGCCUAGGACAACAAAUAACGGUUGUAGAUAAACCGAAGGAUAAAUUUACAACUGUACCAGGAAAAGAAGUACAGCUCGUUGUAAUUACAAGCAAGUUUGAUUCUAAAAAUAAGAGGUUAGACAAUCCAAAUGGUUUUGUAGAAACAUCACGUGGUAUAGUCGAUGCAAAUGGGAAAGUUCACACUAAUUUUGGUGUUAUUGAUCCAAAAACUGGAAAAAUUGAGCAUAUUGAUCCAAAAUCAGGUAAACAGGAAAUCAAACAAACUGUAGCUGACCCCAAGACUGGAUCCUUGUUACUCGCUACAGGCGUAGUAGACCCGAAAACAGGAAAGACAGAUUCUUCUCUUGGUCAACUGUACACUGUAGUGGACAAAGAUGCGCGAAAGAGCAUUCCAGAAAAACUUGUGAAUUUAGUUAUUAUCACCUCCAAAUUUGAUCCCAAAAAUAAGAAACUGGAGCCUUCUGAUGCACAUGUAGAUACAAUUCCUGGUAAAAUUGAAAUAGAUAAUAAGAUACAUACAGAGUUUGGAAUUGUAGAUCCACGUAAUGGUGAUAUCAUUGUGACAGAUCCUGCUACUGGAAGACAGGAAGUUAAGAAAUCUAUUGUUGAUCCGAAAACUGGUAACUUAUUGCUUACGUCAGGUGUUAUGAAUCCAACUACACGACAAAUCGAUCCGACAUUAGGUCAACAAAUAAGUGUGGUACAUGAACCCAAAGAAAAAUUCACUACAGUACUAGGGAAACCAGUACAAUUGGUAAUAAUUACAAGCAAAUAUGAUCCCAAAAAUAAAAAAUUGGACAAUCCUAAUGGCUACGUCGAGACUUCCCCCGGUAUAGUCGCCGCUGAUGGCAAAAUUCAUACGAAUAUCGGUAUUAUUGAUCCCAAGACAGGAAAAAUAGAGCAAGUUGAUCCUAAAACAGGGAAAACUGAGAUUAAACAAGUUGUUACAGAUCCAAGAACAGGCUCUCUGUACAUAACAUCGGGCGUUGCUGAUCCCAAAACUGGUAAACCUGAUUCAUCUUUAGCUCAACAAUUAACGGUUGUUGAUAAGUCUGCCCGGCGAGGUAUUCCUGAACGUCAUGUAAAUUUAGUAAUUGUUACAUAUAAAUAUGAUCCAAAAACGAAAAAGGUGGAUCUGUCUAAUGCUCAUGUGGAUACGAUACCGGCCAGAAUUGGAAACGAUGAAAAAGUGUACACUGAAUUCGGAACUGUUGAUCCAUAUACGGGAGAUAUUGUAUUUAUAGAUCCAAUCACUGGUAAACAAGAAAUUAAAAAAGCCGCUGUUGAUCCUAAAACUGGAAAUAUAUCUCUUACGUCAGGAGUUGUUGAUCCUCAAACAGGGCAAGUGGACCCUACUUUGGCACAACAGUUAAGUGUUGUAGAGAAACCUUUAGAUACUUUUAAUUCCAUACCAGGUAAAGAAGUACAGUUAGUAGUUAUUACUGGUAAAUAUGACUCUAAAAAUAAAAGAUUAGAUACUCCUAAUGGUCGUGUCGAAACAUCAAGAGGCGUUGUUGUGUCUGAUGGCCGAGUUUAUACAAACUUUGGUAUUAUUGACCCAAAGACAGGUAGAAUUGAGCAGAUUGAUCCUAAGACAUCAAAACCAGAAAUAAAACAGGCUAUUGUAGAUUCGAAGACAGGAAAUUUAAUUCUGAGUGGUGUUUAUGACACGAAAACUGGAAAACCUGAUUCAUCACUUGCCCAACAAUUUAGCAUUGUUGAAAAAGAAAUUAAACCAGUUGAAAGAGAAAUCCACUUGGUUAUUAUAACUACUAAAUACGAUCCCAGGACAAAGAAACUCGACCUAACUCAAGGACAUAUAGAUACUGUUACUGGUACUCUUGGUCCCGAUGGUAAAAUCCGCACUGCAGUGGGAGUUGUCGACCCUGUCUCUGGAGAGAUUGUGGUUACAGAUCCAAAAACUGGAAGGCAAGAGGUUAAGAAAGCUCAACUUGAUCCUUCAACGGGUCAUAUGAUUGUUAGUAAUCAAAUAGUCGAUCCUAAGACUGGAAGAGUGGACCCUACUUUAGUGCAACAAUAUAAUAUUGUGAACAAGACUGUUGUACCACAUCCUAAACCAAUUUCAAAGGGCGAAGUGCGUUUAGUAAUUGUUACUAGCAAAUAUGAUCCGUACACAAAAACAGUCGAUGCUGGUUCUGGAACGAUAGACGCCUCCAAAGGGUAUGUCAGUGCUGAAGAUGGCAAGAUACAUACUGAUUUUGGUAUCAUCGAUCCGAGGUCAGGUCAAAUCUUAUAUAAAGAUCCCGUGACCGGAAAACAAGAAUUAAAACAAGCCGAUAUCGAUCCAAAAACUGGCAAUUUUGUAGUGACUACUGCAGUAAUUGAUCCUAAGACGGGUAAGGUUGAUCCUACAUAUGCUCAACAAUUGAUAAUAGUCGACAAACAAAAUGUUUUGUCAAGUGCAGCACCAAUAGGGCAAAGAGUUAGUAUCUCUCCCGUACGACAAAUUCCUUCACCUGUAAAGACGCCUCCACGCACACCCGUUCAGACGCCAUUACAAUCACCUGUGCGAACAUCUUCGCCUCUUAGCUCAAGUCUAGCUCAGAAAGCUUCACCUAUAACUACAGUGCAACGAGCAAGUCCUGUAAAACCAACAACACCACCUCCUGAACCGCCAAAGAGAAAGAUUGUAAAAAUCAUGGUCAUUUUUACUAGGAUCGAUCCAAAAACUAAAAGGCCGGAUUUGAAUACAGCUGAAGUGGAACAUUUAACUGGAAUCCUGGAUCCGAACGGACUUAUUGAAACUAAGUAUGGUGUUAUAGAUUCAAAUAAAGGGCACAUCAUUAUUACUGAUGCUGCAGGUCAAAAAUUGACUAAAGAUGGCACUGUUUUGGCUGAAACUGGACAGAUAUUUAUUCCCUCAGGUGCAGUUGACCCGAAAACAGGCAAAGUUGACUCCAAUUUAGGUAUGAUUUUAAGCGUUGCUAAGCAAGAUGACCCAGUUGUGGAGAUUACAACUAUAACAGGACCCAUAGAUCCUAGAACAGGCAAAGUUGACAUUGAAGUAGGUACAGUAGAACAUACAAAAGGCAAGGUCGACGCUGAAACCGGACAUAUUUCUACUAAAUAUGGAGUUAUCGAUCCAUCAAAUGGUGUUAUAUUUGUGACCGAUACAUCGGGAGCCCAAGACACAAAACCAGUCAGCAUUGAUGAAAACAAUGGACAAAUUACGAUUACUAACGUUGUGGAUCCCAAAACUGGCAAGCUAGAUCCUAAGCUGGGUCAAGUUAUUGUUGUUGGUACACAUAUUGAUCCUGUAGUGGAAGUGACGACAUUCGUUGGCAAAGUAGAUUCUAAGAAAGGUCUUAUUGAACCUAAACACUCCGUAAUUGAGAGUUCUACAGGCCAGCUAAAUCCGGAUAACAACAAAAUUGAUACUAAAUAUGGCCAAAUUGAUCUCGUUAAAGGUACUGUAACAUAUAAUGAUCCCAAGAAUGGUAAAUUCGAAAGUAAAGAACUUAAAGUAGAUCCUAUUACUGGACAGUUCUUACUUCGAAGCGGACAAAUCAACCCUAAAUCAGGUAAACCCGACAAAGACAUUGGUAGAUUGAUUUGUUUGAGAAUUAUUAAGAAUAAAGUGGACCCAGUCUCUGGAAAACAAAUUGUUUCUAAUGAUCCUAAAAACGUCAAAGUUGAUCCUAAAACCAACCAGAUAUGGAUUGCCGGUCCUAAGGACCCAUACACCAAUGAAACCCUGUAUACAGCGGGCCAGGUUGAUCCCGUUACAGGCUACAUUGUUACAAUUUAUGGGCGUUUAGAUCCUAAAACGGGUACAAUUGUUAGAACUACAGAUAUCGACAAGUUCCUUAUAAAAGUUGAUCCAGUUAAUGGCCAAAUAUAUACUGCGACUGGCGAAGUGGAUGAAAAUAAUCAACCUUUAUAUUCAGCUUCACAAGUCGACCCCGGCACUGGAGAAAUUUACACUAAACUUGGCAAAAUCGAUCCGGCAACCGGCAGGUUAAUUAUUAUUAAAAUUUAUGUGAUCACUCAGAAAGACGACAAAGGACGCGUCAAAGAAGUUGAUCCCAAAGAAUGCACAAUUGAUGAAACAACAGGCAGAAUUAUUACUACAAAGACCGUAUACUUGUAUCAAAUGAUUGAUCCUAUAACUGGAGAAACUAUUGACGUUGAUCCAGACGAUCCUCGACUGAAAGGGGCGAGAACAACGGUUACUCAAACUAUGACGUUAUCAGGCAAAAUUGACCCAGUCACCGGCAGGAUAAAGACAGAAUAUGGAGACAUAGAUCCGGACACAGGUGAUAUAGAUCCGAGCACAGCCGUCAGGGAUCCCGUCACUGGACAAUUAAUAUUGCAUUAUUCACAAAUCGACCCAUCCCACUUCGAAGAUAAGAGCGGGAACUAUACGAUCGAAAAAGAGACGCAAGAUCUACCCGCGAACAUUGACAUACAAACGGUAAACACACACAAGUUCUCGACGUUCGGCAAGGACGAGAGUCCGGCCCGAGGGGACGAGCCGAAGAGUUUCACCGAGUACACCACCAGUGAGCACAUAAAGCACCAGGGAUACGUAUCUUCCACCCCUCUGUCCUCAAAGAUCCCGAUUUCGCAGCGAAGCAAGAAAACUCCCACGCCCCCAGUUGUAGUGAAGACGACCACGAAGCAGCUCCUCACGAAGAACGACGAGGGAGUCACCCAUAACGUUGAGCAGGAGGUCGAGAACCUCGGCACGGGGGAGGUCACAUUCUCCACACAUACGAAUAAGGCGGAAAGCAUAGAGCCGAUAGAAGGGAAGAGCCCCUACGUCACAGCCAGGGCGGUGACCACACGGACGGCGACCACGCACCACGACCUUGAUACCAAGGCAAAGACCCAGCAGAUGGAGGAGAAGACGGUGGCGCACACGUUAACAUCCUCCGCCACGAGGCAGGAGCAACGGGUUCUGACUCAGGAAGUCAAAACUAUGGUCACUACCGGCGAUCAGCAUACCAGACGCGGCUCAGAAAGCUCGCUGAGCAGCGGUGACUCUGGUACGCCGAUCGAUUUUGAGGAAGGCGCCGGAGAAGGUCACUACUACCUUACUGAGCCGGGUACCUACCGGACCACGACGACGUCGACGGUGUCUGGCAACGCGCCGUUCGGCAGCAUGGUGCACGGGGCGGCCACUAGAACGAGCACGGGUCCGCAGCCAACCGAGGAGACAGUGGAGACGACCAACGCGGAGGGCGAGGUAGUCUCCUCUCAGACCAUCAGCUCCAAGACACGCACCGUCGAGACCAUAACUUACAAGACGGAGCGUAACGGCGUGGUGGAGACACGAGUGGAACAAAAGAUCACCAUCCAGUCGGACGGCGACCCCAUCGACCAUGACAGAGCCCUCGCUGAAGCCAUACAGGAGGCCACAGCGAUGAACCCCGACAUGACAGUGGAGAAAAUAGAGAUACAACAGCAGAGCACGCAACCGUAACGCGGCUGCUCUCAGCGACGCCGCCAUCUUGUGACUGCGUGCAACAAAAUGGCGUCCACGGUAACAUAACGUUGUAAUAUCUUGUCCCUUUCACUCUCCAUAAGUGCGAAAGGGUCUCAAGGUGUUCAUAACUUGUAUGUAUAUGAGCUGCAUACAUUGAAAUGUAGUUGUAAGUGAAAUCACUGCGAAUAUUUAUAUAAGUUAUUUAAUUAAACAUUUAUAUUAAUUGAUAAAUGAGGUUAAUUACAUUUGAUGUUGUGACGUCGACGCGCACCGUACGAUUAUUUUAUUGAAUGUUAAGUAUUGUUUAUGUAAAGAAAAUAUACGACAGCAUUUGCAAGUUUUUUAAAUAAACCUAGACUUAAGCAUCAUAUUUCCCAUAAUGGCUUUUAGCAAUCAUUGUUGCCAUAGUUAAAAAUCGUGUAAAAUUUCAUUAUAACAAUGUUUUGUCUAUGGGAUAGCUUUAAACUGUCACACGAGGUAGACCACCGUUUUAGAUUAAAAAAAAAACAAAUGUUUCCCCCUAUUAAUAUAUUAUUACAAUCUGUAAUCAUUACAAUGUAACACGGGACUAAUAAGAAAUGUUUAUAGCCCGACGUACACUUUACUUUUGCUUCGUAAAAAAAUACGAAAGAAGUUUUAUGUAUAUGCAAUAUUAGUAUAGAUAUUAUACUAUGUGCGCUGUAGUAUGUGGCGGGUGACAGUUGCCUGUAUUUGUAGACUAGACCAUUCUGGCUGGGUUAAAUUUAAGUUAUUACAGUUAUUAAUAAUUUAAUAUAUUACAAAUGUGGUACAGCUGAAAUACUAAGUCUUAUUAAAUCACGGCAACUUUCAAGCGUGAAACGAAACGUUACUGAAACCGUCAUCCGCAUCAUGCCACAGCGUACAUGGUAUAGCUGUAUUCGAACUGUUGGCGGAUUUGCAAUUAAAAAAAAAUACCGUUCUUUAUUUAAAAUAUUUAAGCGUGUACACAUUUUUUUUUAAUACAGGCAAAGGUAAAAGUGACGUCGGGCCGUGUUGAUACAAAACUAUAAAUACCUAUAUGAUUUGUUGCUAAACUAUAUAAUCACCAUUUAGGUGCUACUUAGGGUUAGUUAUGUGUUAGUGCCGUUAUUGUAACAUGGCUUCAGCUGGGCGAACGGUCUGCGACUUGACUCUUAAUAACAAUGUUUAAGAGUGUCUUAAAUACUGUUCACGUUAUACUUAAAAUCGUUUCCCUUUCGUGCCUUUUCGAAGCGUUGUCAACAUUCGAUCUUUGCCUAUUAAGAAAAAAAAGAUAAUAAAUUUUUUAUUAUUAAAUUUAUUUCAUAUUUUGUUGAUCAAUAAAUUAGGUACGAAUGAGAGUAUUGAAUGUGUGUAUUUUACAAUGAAAAUUAUGUUAACAAGGGUUGUUUCAAUGAUUGAUCUGGACCGUUUUCUACAGCGAAGCACAGCUUACCCGAUCGAUGUUAGAAUAGAGCCAAGCGUCAGCCUCAAUCACAGGCACUGCGAUAAAACGACGUACGAAUAAAAUCACAGAAAAACGACGCUAAAAAUGCGCCGCCAUCUUGUAAUCGCGUUGAAACAAAAUGGCGUCCGUUAUGAGCGGGAAAAUAUUGUGAAUGAAUGACUGAAAAAUUCUUUAUUGUUCUCUCUCACAGAAAAAAAUUAACAAUUACAUAAAUUAAUAUAUACGCCAUUGUGUUCAGUAGUGAAACACUAAAGUAACUGA